UGGAUAGACUACGAUCCGGUGGGCAAGCCGUUGACAGGUACACGAUUCAUCGCGUUCAAAACACCGCUCAGUCAUGAUUUCUUCGUGAAUCGUGGUGACGACUUCAACGAAGAGGACGUUUUUGAAGUGGACACAAUUAUGUCGUAUGUGAGUUGGUUCUGUUUCCAUUAA